AUGGGUAAGGAAUAUGGAAUAAUAAUGAGAAAGGCUCGAGAAGUAACCAUAAAUCAAGUAGGAAGUUCAAGACCUGUUCCUACGCCAACUGAAGUAGGAGGCUCCAACAAUGAUGGCACUGAAGUGCAACUCAGUGAAGAAACAAUGUUUGGAUUUCAUUUUGAAAAUAAAGAGGAUGAAGUACAACAAAAAAAGAAUUAUGAUGAUUUAUUAAUGUUUCUUGAAGAUGACGAGUCAAGUGGAUCUCAUCACCCCACCUCAAAUCUUAAGACUAAAAGGAACAAACAGCCAUCUGUGUUGAGAAAAGAAUUCCUUGAUUUGAAAGUCACAAUAGAUAAAAUAUUAAUUGUAGUUACAAGUACUCAACCACCACAGACCCUUGCCUGGUCUACACUUAAGAGUUUGGAGGAAAAAAUAUUGGCUCUAGAAGCAAGAGAAAAGUUCAUGGCUGAAUGCAUCUGGAUUCUCAUCUAA